AAACAUGCGCAGAAAAGCUAUUCUCGGAAUCCAAAAUGGCGACCUGUCUUCGGCGAAGAUGACACUGACAGUGAACAUGUAAUCGAAUGAAAAGUGAACUCAGUUUGUGGUCCGAAACAAUGGCUCGCCUUGCGGAUUACUUUGCUGUCAUUGGCUACGACCACGAAAGAGAACAGGGUGCAUCGCUUUUUGGAGGAGGCAAGAUUCUGCAACGCUUCCCUGAGAAAGACUGGGAGGAUGUGCCAUUCAUUGCUGGGAUUGACCUGUUUUGCCAGCCAGGCGGUUGGAAGCUUCUGUCCAAGGCCUUGGAGCCCACGUUCUUCAUCGCGGUCCUGACGGACAUCGACGCCGAUCGACACUACUGCGCCGUGCUUACCUUCUCCGAGGCCGUCAAGAUGACGCCCACGCGGCCCGACGACGUGGAGGAUGAGAUGGACGGCGCCCUCGUGCACCACACCAUGAUGUUUGCGCCCAAGAGUCUGGUGCUCAUCUCCCGGCUGGGCUACUUUGAAACACUCAAGAAUUGCCUGGGUUUGAUCUACACGGCCUACAUUGACUCCAUGGAGGUGCCCCUGGAGACACUAGUUGGGAACAUCUUGGGUCACAUACAGGUCCCACCAGCCAGCGGGCCUCAGAACUUGUUCAACGACUGCUCACAAGAAACUGUAGAGCAUGAAUGGGUACGUUUCUCCAUCGGGGCGGGGGACAGACAGGCGCUACAACCACCUCUCAGUGACAAGCUGCCGAUUACUGGGACAAAGAUAGCAAUGCUCAUGCAACAACUAGGUAUUCGCAAUGUAAUGUGCCUAUACAGCGCGGCCAUCACAGACAACAAGAUCCUCUUUCAUUCAAGCAGCUACACCAGGCUAACGGAGGCCUGCACCGCCCUGCUGUCCCUACUCUACCCACUGAAAUAUAGUUAUGUGUACAUCCCCAUCCUUCCUGCUGCCUUGAUGGAGGUGCUUAGUACUCCAACACCCUUCAUCAUGGGUGUCCACUCCUCCAUGAAAACCGAGAUGGCAGAACUGCUGGAUAUCAUCAUUGCUGACUUAGACGGAGGAAGUAUCAGCGUCCCUGAAUGCAUCACCCUGUACAUGCCACGGGAAGACAUCUUCCAACGCACGCAAGAUCAUCUGACAUUGAUUCUCAACCCGGAGUUGAAGGCGGCAGAUCUGGCCUUCCCAAAACCCCUGGAGACCAACCAGCGAGUGGAGAUGACAGACAAGGAGAUCCGAGCCAUCUUCCUGAGACUACAGGCCGAGCUGCUCAUGGGUUACCGGUCCUGCCUGACGCUCAUCAGGAUACACCCGGAACCCGUCAUCACAUUCAACAAGGGUUUGUUCCUGUUUGAGCGAUCGUUGGUCGGUGAGGAGUUCCUUAGCAAGGUGCUGGACAGCAUGAGUUUCAAUACGUUUGUCAAUGAGAAGGGGCCACCCUACAGGGUAUGCGAUAUAUUUGACAAGUUGGUGGCCAGCAUCUCAGACACAAUGACUCAAGAAGAAGGCAACUCAGACAGGGCCUUGAAGAACAUCCGGGACGUAGGGGAAUAUCUCUACAUCAAUGAAAACCCUGCUAAGGCCACGUACCUGGAGAAGAUACCCCGGCCGACAGAGGGCGCUCACACGCGCAUCAACCAGAUGCCGUUCCCUCAUCUCAAGGAGGAGUUGGUCGGGGAGGUCAUCGAAGACGGCCUCAGUAAAGCAAUCGUGCAGAGCUUGAACCAGAAGGCCAGCAAAGUCCGCCAGCAGAAGCCCCAGAACGUGCCGGCGGGGCCCAAGAUCAGCAGCUUUGAGAAUCGCAUGAACGUGAUCAACAACAGCGCGCGCAGGCUGGAGGUGCUCCGGACCUGUCUCGGGCACAUCUUUGACAACAGGAUCCUAGACGCCAAGAAGCUUUUUCCCGCAGUACUGCGCUCCUUGAAGAGCCGUGUUACCAGACUGGCCUUGUUCAGGCAGCUGACGGUCUACGUUCAGGAGAACCGGUCGCUACUGGAGCAGCAGCAGUUUGACAUGGUAGUCAGGCUCAUCAAUUGUGCAUUACAGGAGGACUCAUCGAGUGAGGAGUACAGUCUACCCAUGGCCAUCCUGCCGCUGUUAUCUAACUUCUACAGAAAACUAUGCACAGGGGUGAUUCAGUUUGCCUACAGCUGCACCCAGGACCACCCAGUCUGGGCGAGCCUUCGGUUCUGGGAGACAGCUUUCUACCGAGACGUGGAGACCAACAUUAGGCAGCUGUACGUGUCGGAGCAUGAUACCAAAUGCGAUGACAAAAACGGGACGAUGGAAUCCCCCAGCAACUCGGCCAACGGCUUCAUCACCUCGGGGGAGCGCUCCCCCUUGGAGAUCGCCGCCGAGCAGCUGCGUCUCUGGUCCCAGCUGGACUGCGAUGAGCAGGACAAGCAGAUUGAGAACGAGGAGAGUAUCGUCUAUAGCCUGGCCAUCCACUACACCAACCGCAUGAUCUGCAUGCGGGUCCCUCUGGACAUUCACAAAGGCUUGAAGAAUUCCAUCUUCAUGGACGGGGAGAGCGGCAGCAGUAACCUGACCAGCAGUAGUGUCAGCGGCAGUGACAGUUACAAUGAAAACAACUUUGACAGCAACAGUCACGACGUGUCGCAGCAAGUUGUCAAGUUCAUCAGUCGGUUUGUGGACAAGGUGUGCACGGAGGCCGGCGUGACCAGCGAACACCUCAAGAACCUGCACACAAUGAUACCAGGAAUGGUGGCCAUGCACGUUGAUACAUUGGAGACUGUGAACCGUGAAAGCAAGAGACUUCCGCCAAUUAAGAAGCCCACGAUUCUCAAGCCCACAUUGCUGCCUGGAGAGAAGCAGAUCAGCGAGGGCCUACGGGGCUAUCUCUUGACGGACGGGCGGGAGGACGGAGUGGGCGGGGUCAUGGGAGGCCCCUCCUACCUCCCGGCUGAAGGUGCAAUCUUCCUGACCUCAUACAGGGUUAUCUUCAAGGGAUCUCCCAUCGAUAUACAAGCUUGUGAGCAAGUGGUGACCAGGAGUUUCCCCGUCUCAGCAUUGUACAAGGAGAAGAAGAUCAACGUCAGCAGCCUUGCCAACUCACUCCACCUUGAACAGUUCAUGUCUGAGGGGCUCCAAAUCAGAUCAGUCACCUUCCAGCUGAUCAAGAUCGCGUUUGACGAGGAGGUGGGCGCGGAGAAGGUGGAGGCGUUUCGCAAAAACUGCACCCGCUGCCGCUACCCGCACAGCCUCUACGAAACCUUUGCAUUCCAGGGCUCCACUGUCGCGCCGCACCUCUCCACGCAGAUGAAGCAGAAGGAGAAGAGCGCCACCUUGAGGAAAUUUGCCUCGAAGACAUUCCUGAAAGGCAAGAGAGCAGUGGGUGUAGGGGGCAGCAGUGGGGGCCAUCAUAAGACCAAACUGCUCCCCCGCAGCAAGGACCGCUACGUCCUAUCGGCCGAGCCGCUGGUAACCCAGCGACCCCCGUCUGCUGCGACUCUACAGCGUCAGAUCAUGGCAGGGAGCAUGGACAGCAUCCCCAGCGACAGUCGGCCGAACAGCGUCAUGUACGAGGACGACGAACUGUCGAAUGUGGGGAUAGAGUCUUCACUGCGAGUUCUGAGAAGCCGGUCCGGUUCAUACGAUUCAGAUUUUGACUUUGACUCUUCGCCCAGAGGUUAUAGACGUCAUGGUGGCUCGUUCCUUUCAGUUGCAGAUCUCUCGGAUGCUCCACUGCCUCCGCGGUCACAAAAAAUAGAAAGAUGUCGCUCCAUGUCCAUUCCAGCAGUGAUUGACGAGAAGGACGUAGCAUCCACGCUCAAGCCCAUCGAUGUCCUGACGGCAGAUAAGCUGCAGAACAAACUCUACGUCCAGGACUAUCACCGUCUGGGCUUCGGCGCUCCGGGAAGCAGCGGCAUAAUGAGGCCGAGACCCGGAGAAGCCUUCCGCAUCUCGGAGGCCAACAUCCACUUUGAGGUCUGUAGAAGUUACCCGUCUCUUGUGGUGGUCCCCUCGGCGCUGUCCGAUGACAGCAUCCGGAGAUUAGCCAAGUGCCAUCGGCAGUGUCGCUUCCCUGCCAUCACGUGGCGGCAUCCCGGCACCAAGGCCCUCUUGCUACGAUCCAGCGGUUUCCACGGCAAAGGGGUCAUGGGGAUGAUCAAGUCGGCACAAAAUCCCUCCACCAGUGGAUCGUCGGAGACCAGUACCAGCAAGAGCAUAGAACAGGAGAAGUUCUUCACGGCGGUUGUCCUGAACACGCCCUGCGGGAGCUCCUACAAGUCCGACUCCUUAGUCAGCCUCAACGCCAUCCUCCCGCCCUCCAUGCACCUGGAGCCCGACUCCACCCCUAACAUGGGGUCACGAAGGGGCCACUCCUCGGGGACGUUAAUCCAGCGGGGGUUCAUGCGGUCCAGCGGCGGCAAGUCGGGGCCUAAGUCAGGACUGAUCGACAGGUCCCUGUCGACGCUCAAGCGAGGAGCAACGCUGGGUAAAUUGAGCAGUUUCCGGUCCAGCAGCAGCGGCAUGAACUCGGGCUCGCCUAAAACCAUGACCCUCCACCCACAUGCAGUGAGCCGUAACGGAUCGGUGACCGACUACGACCUGGCGGCCAAGAGGGACAAAGACCCACGCAAGGCCGCGCUCUACAUCUUUGGGGAGAAGUCCCAGUCCAGGCCGUUUAAGUUGGAACAGUUCAACAAGUGCGACUUCAUUCCGUACGACUUUCAAGAGACGCGGCACACCAAGAACAGCCUGAAGAAGCUGAUGAAGGCCUGCGUGCCCAGCACGGUGCUGACAGACCCCGACUGUGGAUUCUACAAACUCGUAGAGGAAUCGGAGUGGCUGGUCCAGGUCCAGAGCAUUAUGCAGCUGGCUGGAGCAGCCGUUGACCUCAUGGACCUUCAGGGAUCAUCUGUAAUGUUCAGCUUUGAAGAAGGCUGGGACUUCACAACUCAGGUGGUGUCAUUAGCCCAGCUGUUGAUGGAUCCAUACUACCGGACCUUAGAGGGCUUUCAGGUUCUGAUAGAGAAGGAGUGGUUGGCGUUUGGUCAUCGGUUCACGCAUCGCAGUAACCAGACCAUGGCCCAUCAGGCCAGCGGCUUUGCCCCAGUGUUCCUGCAGUUCCUGGACUGCGUGUAUCAGGUGCAGGCACAGUUCCCGAUGUCCUUCGAAUUCAACCAGUAUUUCUUGAAGACCAUUGCCUAUCAUCAUGUCUCAAACCGCUUCCAGACGUUCAUGUUGGACUCCGAAUUUGCAAGGUUUGACGCGUCCAACUCAGUCUUUGAGGACAAGAAGCAGGGCCAUGAUGAAUUGGGAGAUCCCAACAAAUCCAAGACCCCCAUGAGAUCCUUCUGGGAGUACAUUAUCAAGAUCAACUGCAAACAACCGUUGUUCUACAACCUCAUGUUUGCGCCCCACACACCGGUCCUUCGGCCGUACACCAACAUCUCCAGCCUGAGUAUCUGGGAUUUCUACACCCAGGAAGACCUGGCCGGCGGGCCCUCGUUUGACCGGGAACUCUUUGACCUGGCCACGGCCGAAGACAAGGAAAUGCCGCUAGUGCCGUCAGACCGCAGGGUCAUCAAUAACUGCUACGAUAACGCCACGCAGGCCGAGCCCGAUAUGCACAUGUGGUACCUAGAGGAAAUGAUGCAGUUGGAAGGUGACUUGGGUCGGACGCCGCAGCACUGGAAGACACGGUUAGACCGUGCCCAGAAGAGCUUCCCUAGCAGAGUCCGCAGGAAGUCACUGUCCAUCAAGGAAGCCCAACAACAGAGCAUGUCAGCACACAAGAAGACCACCAUCGAUAUCUUGGUCAAGGGCAAGCACAUCAUUGAGCCCCAACCCAGAGGUUUUGCCUUCCAGCAUCGCUUUGAGGCUCACUCCUACAUGACUCCCACGGACUGCGACCUGUGCUCCAACCUGCUCUUUGGGGCUGUCAAACAGGGAUGCAAAGGCAUGAAGUGCUUAGACUGUGGCUACAACGCCCACGAAGACUGCGUGCCCAAGGUCCCCAAGCAGUGCACACGGCGCGGAUCCACCAAGGAGCCUAGCGCAGGACCUUCCAGGCCAACCUCGGAUGAAGUGACUAGUGCUGGCACCCCGGUUGCACCGCCAGUUGUAUCAGGCUAUGAGCAGUUCUACGCUAAGAUCGGCGAGACAAGUACCCACGACGGAUACCUCUUCAAACGGGGGGCCAGACUAAAAGGCUGGAAGCAGAGAUGGUUCGUACUGGACUCCCAGAAACACCAGCUGCGAUACUACGAGACCAGGAAUGACCCCCACUUCAAGGGCAUCAUCGACUUGAAGGAAGUGGAGUCAGUCCAACCGGCAUUCCCUACGGCAGGAGCUCCCAAGAAAUGCGACGAGAAUGCGUUCUUUGAUUUGAAGACGACGAGAAGAUCGUACAACUUUGUCGCCGACACCAAACCAGCAGCCGAAGAGUGGAUCAGCAAAAUCCAGGACUGUGUAUCGUGAUGAGCGCCCCCUACUGGCCAGUUUCUUACAGCCCUCGGGUGCAGUUGCAAUGAGUGUUCAGUGUUUUGUGCUUUAAUCAUUUCAAACAACAGAGGGCGCCAGCACGUACAGAACCCCUAAGUUCCUCUUAUUUUUAACUUUUAAUUAGACAUUUUUUUAAUGUGCAUUUUUUUAUUUUGUUGCGUUUCCAGAUGACAUAAAAAGGCAAUAACUUCUUUCUGUGUGUUUUAUUAAAAGUGACAGCAAUCAAAUUCAUUCAGGAUCAUGCCAAUUUUUUUUUUUUUUUUUUCAAUAUUGAGUUGGGGUUCCACCAGCUCUGCGUUUUUGCAAAAGAAUGACUUUUGUGGGUUUUUUUAUGUUCGUCAGAAGUGAUUUUUAUUUCCAACAUAUCCAUGCUGCAUUUGUUGUGAUUGUAAAAAGAAACAAAUUGUAGGUUUUCGUGGGUGGUGACUUGAAUGAACUGAUGACCAAAUUGAUUCUUUCUUUUGUUUUGUUUUCCGCAUGUGACGUUGUAAAAACAUUUUUUUUCAGCCGUUGGUCGGACUUGCAGUGCAAAUUUUCAAAGUAGUGCUUGAGUUCAGUCGCCUGAAGUUUAAAAAAAAAUUUGGAUUCAGUCACAUGCCUAGAAAAUGUCUUUGAAAAAAAAGCUGACUUCUUUGCCCUUGCCAAGAAAAAAAAAUAUUGCCAAGUUUUUCAAAAUGGGGAUAGAACCAUUUUGACAGCUGCUCAGUAGACCUGAUACAUAGUGACGUCACAGUUUGUUUUCAUGCGCGACUUCCUAUUGGCAGUGUUGUAGUAUAGUCACUCUAGUUGAGUCUGUGUCCGAGUCUCCAGUCAUAUGGGUCGAGCCCGAGUCUCGAGUCACUUGGGUCGAGUUCGAGUCACUUGGGUCGAGUUCGAGUCACUUGGGUCGAGUCGGAGUCUCCAGUCAUUUGGGUCGAGCCCGAGUCUCGAGUCACUUUGGAUAAUUCCGAGUCUCGAGUCACUUGGUUCGAGGUCGAGUCUGAGUCUCGAGUCACUUGGGACAAUUCGGACUUCCUAUUGGCAGUGUUGUAGUAUAGUCACUCUAGUUGAGUCUGUGUCUGAGUUUCCAGUCAUAUGGGUCGAGCCCGAGUCUCGAGUCACUUGGGUCGAGUCUCGAUUCACUUGGGUCGAGUUCGAGUCACUUGGGUCGAGUCCGAGUCUCAAGUCACUUGGGUCGAGCCCGAGUCUCAAUUCACUUGGGUCGAGUUCGAGUCACUUAGGUUGAGUCCGAGUCUCAAGUCACUUGGGUUGAGUUUGAGUCCAAGUCAUGAGUCACGAGUGAAAGGAUAUGGCUA